AUGGGACAGAGCUCUGUUAAAUCUGAAACUCCUACUUCUGGGAAAAGACAAUUCAACAUCGACGACUUUGCGAGAAAGAAACCCAAAACGGACUCUGAAACAAGCGGCUCCCAAGAAGCGAGUCCCGAGAUAAUCGAGAUCGAGGAUAAAGAGGUGAACCCCAAUGCCAGCAUUACUGACAUAAAGCAAGACUCCAUACCCACACCAUCUACGCCGAUGGACGUGAAUGAGUCCAUUGACUUGACUACUCCGGAUGGGAAGGCCAGGGAUACAAGUCCUGUGACUCUCGAGAGACCUGCGGAGCCUGUGAUUCUUGAGCUGCCAAAUGUUGAUGAUAUCAAAGAGUCACAGGAUACCAGGAUGUCGGUGGAACCAAUUGCACCUGUCACGACAAAUGAAAUGCCUAAAGUUGAAGCACUCAAGAUCGAUGAGCCAAAGACGUUGACACAGAAGCAGCUAGAAAGACUAGAAAAACAGAAGAUACGUGAACAGGAAAGACUCGAACGAGAAAAGAAGAAGGAAGAGGAGCGCAUACUCAAGAAACUAGAAAGAGAAAGAAAGGACCAGGAACGGCUAAUCAAGAAGCAGAAACUCGAGGAGGAGAAGGAAAGAAAGCGCGAAGAGGAGAGACAGCGCAGGGAAGAGAAGAAGAGAAAGGUUGAUGAGGAGCGGAAGAGAAAGGAACAAGAGCGCAUAAAGAAGGAUGAAGAGAAGAAGCGUAAGGAGGAAGAACGCAAACAGCAAGAGGAAGAAAGAAAGAAGCAGGAGGAGCAGAAGGAACGAAGCCAAAUGAAGAUUUCUAGUUUCUUCACCGUUAAACCUGCUGCCUCGAAGCAAAAAUCUUCUUUGCCAGUUCCAACAUCAUCAAAAGCAUCCACACUGGGUAAAGAAGCUAGUCUUUACGAGAGGCAAUUCCUCCCUUUUUUCAUCAAGAAGAACACAACAAUGGCUGCUUCAAGAACUAUGCCCAAGGAGGCUUUGAAUGCUCUGAUAAGCGAGUUUGAUAAAAGUUUGUCCUCAUCAGAGGCUAGCAGCAUAAGUCGGAUGUUCCCACAGCCUACGGUCACUCCACAGCGAUCGACUUUCACCGACGCUGAAGACCUUGCUGAAGCAUUGAACUCCACUUCCGUCAGUGAGUCAAGCGUGAAAUCGCUUUUGAAAAACCUCCCCAGCAUAAAGUACUUGCAGUUCUACGAAAACGCCAAACCACCCUAUGUUGGUACCUGGUGCUCGAAACUUCACUCAAAAACGCCGUUUACCGCGUUUAACCCGCUCGAUACCUCACUCACGGGCUACGACUACAAUUAUGAUUCUGAUCUAGAUUGGCAAGAUGGUGAUGAGGGUGAGGGUGAGGACAUCGAUGACCUAGAGGAUGGUGAUGGUGACGAGGAUGAUAUCAAUGAAGACGAGGAGAUGGAUGACUUUGUGGAAAAUAAUAACGAAAACAAGCGAAGGCUAAAUAUGGGUCCUAUGGAGGCAGUGACAAUCAUCAAUGACGGAAGUAAUUCGGCCUUGUUCGAGAGUUUGCAAUUUCGCCUCUUCCAGCCUCUGCUCAAAUUCCCUAUCAACCCCAAUGAGGGUCCCAAGGGAAGUGAAAAGAUUGUGGAACAGCCAUCUGUACAAAGUGAUACUCCAUUCUCUGUAAGCCAAUUGAAGGCUACCCCAUUGCAAGGCAAAAGCACUGCCAGUCCCAAUGUUCUCACGCCUCAGAAACCUACAAUUCAAGAUAAAGCAGUUGUUCAACAACUAAUUGCAUUUAUCGAAAAAAAUUCGGACUUCACCAUUGGAACUCUAUCCGAAUUGGCGAAGAAAGAGUUCAAGAAUUACACCAAGAGCAUUCUCAAGCACACCAUCCAAGACGUUGCCACAUACAACAAAAAACAAAGUUUAUGGGAAAUCAAGGAAGGUGCCAAAGAGAAGGUUUAA